AAAAAAAAAACGACCCAUAGCACAAUACCAGACAGGUAGGUACCCACCCUUCAUCACUAUCUCCACCCACACCUUUCUCUUCUCUCUCUAUUUCUUCCUUUUUUACCUACCCAUUUUCUCCUUCUUCAAUUCUCCCUUCUUCUUCUUCAAUAAUCUCACAAAAUCAAACAAAUUUUCCCAAAAUUUCACUGAAUUUUCAAUGGAACCUGUAAUGGGUGGCUGUAAUGGCGGCGGAGAUGCUUCAAGUGGUGGCGGUUCAUCAGAAUCAACGGUUGUUUCAAAGGAAGAAGUUGUGGUUGAGCAACAAAACCUAAACCACCAUAAUCGACAUCAUACCCACCUCCAUAAUCAUCAUCAGAAUGUUAAUUUUGAGGUUUCUGAUGAUUCUGAGCUUGAAUUAGGACUUGGGUUAAGUCUUGGUUCGAAGAAUCAUAAGCAAAUUCCAAGGAUUUUCACUGCUAAAGAUUUUGCUAAUAAUAGUAAUAAUAAUAAUAAUAGUAAUAAUAAUAAUGGGUCUUCUCCUUCUUCUGCUUCUUCUUGUUCUUCUCUGGGUUUAAGACCUCCUUCUUCUGUUAAGAAUUCUGCUCCUGUUAACAAUCACAAUACUUCUUCUGGUACUAAGCGAGCUGUUUCUCCUACUGCUGUUAGUCAAGUUGUGGGAUGGCCUCCUAUAAGGGCAUACAGAAUAAAUAGCAUGGCAAACCAAUCGAAAUCGGUUUCGAAUGGAGAGAAUGAGGCAGAGUUUGAUGAAAUGAAACAGAAAGAUGUGAUGUAUGGUUCUGAUGAGAAGGGUAAUGCCAAGGAGACAGUUCCUAAGAAAAGUUGCUUGUUUGUGAAAGUGAAUAUGGAUGGUGUUGCUAUUGGUAGGAAGGUUGAUCUCAAUGCGCACUCCAGCUAUGAGUCGUUAGGGCGAAUGUUGGAGGAGAUGUUCACCAAUAGAGCUGUUGAGAAAUCAAGCGGAGAGGAGCUUAUGUUGAUGCCCAAAACGACCAGACCCUCCAAGUUGUUAGAUGGAUCAUCGGAUUUUGUGCUUACAUAUGAAGACAAAGAUGGAGACUGGAUGCUUGUCGGAGAUGUUCCAUGGGGGAUGUUCCUCAGCUCUGUGAAGCGGCUUAGAAUCAUGAGGACAUCUGAAGCUAAUGGACUUGUUUCUUGUCAUUCAGCUCCAAGAUCAGAAGAGAGAAGUGCCAAGCAAAGAAGCAGGCCUAUAUAGUCCAUUUCUUCGUCAUGUUUUAAUAUACAGAGAAAAAAAAAGCUGAAGCUAAAUACUGGAAAAAGAGAGUACAAUGGUUCUGCAUACUCGUACAACGCAGACGUUGCCUAGUAACAACUGAUCCUCUGCUUCUCAUAUAUUUGUUUCUCAUCAAAAUCUCCUUUUGAUUUUCCCCUUUAUUCUACCACAAGUUUUUGGUUUUUGGGUUUUUUUUUUAGUACACAUGAUUUGCAUACUGUCAGGGUUGGCUUUCUGUUAGUGUAAAUAUAUAUAUGGGGUGCUAGGUUGUAACUUGUAAGGCUUCUUUGGUGUUUCGAAAUACUGAAUGAACUUGGAUUUUGCCUUUGUAAUGGAAAUGGGUUUAUAUGGCUUCGGCUCUAUGAAGCCUUGCUUUUACCUUCUACAUCACUAUGAGUCUAUGACAUUCUAUGUAAAAAAAAAAUUCUGGCUUUUGCUGUAAUUUUUGCCUUGUCCUAGCUGCUAUAUUUCGACUUAUACUUGGACAAUGUGCAAAAAUUGCAAUUGCCGGGUACUUGUGA